AUGGAGAAGCUGCAGCCUCUCAAGAACUGCCGCUGCCAGCUGGAGCGAGCGCUGCCCCUGACCGCAGGCCACGGCCAGAAGCGGCCCAGCUAUGCCCUGCAGACCCCCCAGCCGCUGUGGGAGGAGGAUUUGGGGCCCUGGCAGAGGAAAGCCACGCCAGAGCCCAUGGCACAAAGCACACAGGACUCCUUUCAGACUCACUUGCCACUCAACCAGGAGACCCCAGCGGAGAGCAGCCCGGGCAGCCCUGAGCAGCACUGGAUGUGGCAGCCCGUGGAGAGCAGCAAGAAGGUGAAAGCCCAUCUUCCAGCCACGAGGCUGAAGUCCCACCUUCCUGGGAUGGGAAAAGGAAGCAGAGAGGGUCCCUCUCCAGGCGUUGCUGGGAGGAUCUCUGCAGUCUGGGGGGAUGCUGCUGCUGUCGCCAGCAAGCUCGUGAACUUUGCAAAGAGGAAGACAGCAGAGGAGCCCAGGAGCGUGUCAGCACCAGGAGCGAUGUGGGUGGUGGCACAGAGGCCAUCUCAGCCUCAGGCCAUGGGUUUGCCCCAACACCAGGGGGACACUUUGAUUAAACGCAACGUGCCAAACUCAGCUCAGCUUGUUCCGCAAGCAGAGGGCUCUUACGAGGCAGACCUGCAGGGAGAGUUCUUCCCAAGCUGGACAGGAGCCUCAGAGGUUGAGGUGAUGACACCUAGGGAAGGCCAGCAGGCCCCAAGGGCCUCCUCUCACAGGCAGACAUGCGAGCCCAAGACUGACAUUGUGUUCCUGAAGGUGCACAAGAGCGCCAGCAGCACUGUCAUGAACAUCCUCUUCCGCUUCGGCGAGACGCACAACCUCACCUUCGCCUUCCCCAUCGGCGGGGGGAACCAGCUCUUCUACCCACAGCCCUUCUCGGCCAGGUUCGUGCAGGGCUUCUCCCCGAGGAGCCCGCGGCGCUUCAACAUCCUCUGCCACCACAUGCGCUUCCUGCAGCCCGAGGUGCAAAAAGUGGUGCCCAGCUCAGCCAUUUACUUCUCCAUCCUGAGGAACCCCGUGCAGCUGAUGGAAUCCUCCUUCGUGUACUACAAGGGCGCGUCGGCUUUCUCCCACGCCCGCAGCCUGGAGGAGUUCCUCAGGCAGCCCUACCGCUACUACAACCCCGCCAGCAGAGACAGCCCCUACGCCAAGAACCUCAUGACCUUCGACUUCGGCUUCAACCACAACGGAGAGGCCUCUGCCAAGCGGGUGCAGCUCAUGCUGAAGGCCAUCGAGGCGUCGUUCGACCUGCUCCUCAUCUCCGAGUACUUCGACGAGUCCAUGGUGCUGCUGAAGGAGAUGCUGUGCUGGGACCUGGACAGCGUCGUCUCCUUCCCACUCAACAUCAGGGACAGCAGCACCAAGUCUCCCCUCCCGGACACCGUCGUGGAGAAGAUCAAGAACUGGAACAGGCUGGACUGGGAGAUCUACACCCACUUCAACAGGACGUUCUGGGAGCGGGUGGAGCGGGACGUGGGCAGGGAGCGCAUGCGGCGCGAGGUGACGGCGCUGCGGGAGAGGCGCGCGCAGCUGGCCAGGACCUGCCUGCAGGGCACGGGCAGCGUGGCCCCCAAGGACAUCAAGGACUCUUCCCUGCGGCCGCUGCAGCACGGCUACGCCAAGAUCUUGGGCUACAACCUCAAGCAGGGCCUGGACAAGGAGACGGAGCGCGUGUGCCGGCGGCUGGUGACCCCCGAGCUGCAGUACAGCUCCAUGCUCUACAAGAAGCAGUUUCCCCAGCAGACCAUCCCCCAGCCCGCUGCCCCUCGCCAGGGCAAGGCCCUGCGGCACCGGCUGGAGGGCACCCAAAACUGA